AUGCACUCUUCCGCUAUUCUCCUCACCCUCGCCACGGCGGCGAGCGCUCACAUUGCCUCUUGGAACGCGGGCAUGUACUGCAAGAACGGCAACCAAACGGAAGUCGACGCCCCCAACACCAACCAGGCCGUCAAUCCCCUCUACAACCUCACCAAGGCCGAGUGGUGGAUGCAGGCCGACCGCGGCUGCGACCUCACCCCCCCUGCCGACGGCGAGUUCCUCGAGCUCCCCGCUGGCAAGUCCUUCAUGACCGAGCUGGCCAACAACCGCGCCUUCACGACCCUGUCCUACGACGGCUCCCUCGCCACCGACUGGCAGGACGGCAAGAACCGCUCCAUGCCCUGGAGGGGUCCCGGCAACCCCCCCGGCUGCCUUAUGGACGGUGGUGAUGGCUCUGGCGGUGAACUGCACACUCGCAGCAUCGAGUCGACUGGUGGUACCGCCUGGGCUAUUUCCUACGAGAGCGAUAUUUCCAAGGUUACUAUGGAUAACCUUGUCGUCUUCUCCGUGCGAUACUACUCUCCCUUCUUCCGCAAGACGUGGUAUGACGUCCCCGCCGAUAUGCCCGAGUGCCCCGAGGAGGGCUGCUACUGCGCGUGGCUCUGGAUCCCCGAUGGCUGUGGACAGCCCAACAUGUACAUGCAGAACCACCGCUGCAAGGUCACCGGCAGCACGUCCACCAAGAAACUCGGCACGCCCAAGGCCCCCGUUUGGUGCCGCGACGAUCCUUCCAAGUGUGUCGCCGGCCCCAAGCAGAUGAUGGUCUGGCACCAGGCCGAGGGUGACAACGUCGACCCCCCUAACAACCAAUCUCCCACCUACAACCAGCGCAUGGGCUUCAUGGAUGGUGCUCAAGACGAUAUCUUCGCCUCCGAAUGA